AUGGCUUUAAACGAGCUGUCACAGCAUGAGCUGGCCAAGGCCGCGAGUCUUGCCCACAGGCCGCAGUGCGAAGAUUACGACAAGAUGAUAUCCGGGAUGCUAUACGACUCCUUUGUUCCUGAGCUUAAGCACAGCCGCUACAAUGCUCGUGUGGCGUGUCACAAGUUCAACAAUCACAUUCCCGGCGAUGCCGAUGCGAGCUUCGAUGGCCUACAAAAGGCGCGAAGCGAUAUACUCGCUGGAGUACUCGGGCAUGUGGGAGACGACGUGUUGGUCGAGACACCAUUCCAUGUCGACUAUGGAUGCAACGUCAGAGUCGGGGCAAGGUUCUACGCCAACUUCAAUCUCACGAUCCUCGACAGUGCUCUUGUGCACAUUGGCGACCGCGUCAUGCUCGGCCCCAACGUCACCAUAUCGACGGCAACGCACGAGGUCGAGGUUGCCAGUCGCGUGGACAACAUCGAGUACGCCAGGCCAAUCACAAUUGGGGACGACUGCUGGAUCGGGGGCCAAGUGGUGAUCCUCCCCGGAGUCAUCAUUGGUCAAGGCUGCACCAUAGGGGCGGGAGCCAUCGUCACGAGAAAUAUCCCGGCCUGGAGCGUGGCUGUCGGUGCUCCGGCCAAGGUUGUGAAGAAGGUGACGCCGAUGAACCCGAGUUUGGCAUGA